AAUUUUGACAGCUUUUAUUUCAAUCUACUGCAGGAAGAAUUGUGACCUGGAUUUUGGCCGAAGAUUUGAAGCUGUCAAAGAUUUGAUGAUUUGAACACUCAGUUCAAACUCGUCUAAUUCGGCCUUUUGUCCACUGAGCAGUAUAUCAAUUGAGUCUCAUUAGAUAUUGCAGAGUUACUGUGCGUUAGUCUGCGCAGUUUCCACCGCUAGUUUAGCCGAUAGAGACAAUGGCCGACGCAGCUCCAAUGGAGAAUCAUCAUCCGCCUGGAACUCCAAUUGUGACCCCGGCAACACCCGCAGGGCCUGAAGCCACGCAUGAAAACGAGAAUAACAAUGCAGCUGUUGACCCUGAAAAUGAACAAGUUCAAGAAUUAGAAUCAGAGUUGUCAAAGUUGAAAGACAAAUUACAGAGUGAGCGUGAGGCUGUGUGUGAUGGGAUGCUGAAUGACACUGCCACCUCCCUCGAUAACCUCACUCGCGUCAGGCUCAAAACGAGGAGGACUCUGAAUGGACAUGCUGCAGCCAUCUAUACCAUGUGUUGGCGUCCAGAGUCCCACGAGAUGGUGAGUGGCAGCCAGGAUGGCAAACUGCUCAUCUGGGACACCCACACCAACAACAAGAUCAACAUCAUCACCCUCAAGUGCCCUUGGGUGAUGAGCAGUGGCUUUGCUCCUUCGGGUAACUUCGUGGCCAGCGGGGGUCAUGACAAUGCAGUGUCCAUUUAUGGUCUCAAGGGCGAAAUGCUACCCGAGAAGCCAAUCGCACAGCUCACAGACCACAACGGUUUCAUUUCUUCCAUCCGAUACAUAGACGACACCCAGCUGCUCUGCAGCUCGGGCGACAACUCCUCCGCCCUGUGGGACUCAAACAGUGGGACUAAGCUCACAUCCUACGAAGGUCACACGGCGGAGGUGAUGGGUCUGGCAGGGUCCAGUGACAACACAGUGUUCGUGUCUGGCUCUUGUGACCGCACCGCCAAACUGUGGGACGUCAGGGACAAAGUAGCUAAGCAGACUUUCACAGGGCACGACUUAGACAUCAACUCGAUCGCAUUUUUCCCGAGCGACAGGGCAUUCGUCACGGGUUCAGAUGACAACUCGUGCAAACUAUACGACAUCCGAUCCGAUCAAGCAGUCGCAACAUACACACAGCUUAACCUCAAUUACGGAAUAGGUGCCGUCAGUUUUUCCAAGAGCGGUCGACUUCUCUUCGUAGCCUGUGACUUGGAUGUGCUCAUUUGGGAUACCCUAAAGAGCCUCAAAGUCGGCAUCCUCUCCGGACACGAAGCGAGAGUCUCGUGUCUCGGGGUGAACUCUGACGGAAACGCAACAUGUGCCGUCAGUUUUUCCAAGAGCGGUCGACUUCUCUUCGUAGCCUGUGACUUGGAUGUGCUCAUUUGGGAUACCCUAAAGAGCCUCAAAGUCGGCAUCCUCUCCGGACACGAAGCGAGAGUCUCGUGUCUCGGGGUGAACUCUGACGGAAACGCAGUCUGCUCUGGCUCGUGGGAUGCAAAGCUGAAGAUUUGGAAUUAA